AUGACAACAUGUUUGCAAGUCAGUAAAAUAAAUGAUCAAACCCUACAUGAUUUGGUAGAAGAAUAUUUCACGACUGAAAAUUUUGGCGUACGGUCCACGCCAGCUGUAAAGAGUGAUGCGGAAAUUCGUGCUGAGAAUAUAUUAAAGGCGACUAUGUUACGAGUUGAUGGCAGAUUUCAAAUAGGUCUUCUGUGGAAACAUGAUGAAAUACGACUACCGGAUAAUUAUAAAAUGGCGGAACAGCGGUUUCUGGGCAUUGAACGAAAAUUUAAGAGGGAUAACGUUUUCGCAGCAGCAUACAAGUCAGUUAUUCAGAGCUAUUUGGAGAAAAACUACUGUCGUAAACUUACACAAGCUGAAGCUGCCAUAAAGGGACCACGGGUAUGGUAUCUCCCUCACUUCGCGGUUAAAAAUCCGAACAAGCAUGGGAAAAUUCGUUUAGUUUUCGACGCUGCCGCAGCCUUCAACAACGUAUCCUUAAACUCAUUUUUGCUCAAAGGUCCACAAGAUUACCAGCCUAUGCCAACAGUGCUAUACAAUUUUCGUAUUGGAGCCAUCGGAGUGUGUGGUGAUAUAAAAGAAAUGUUUCACCAGAUCUUAGUUAGACCCGAGGACAGAUGCGCGCAGAGAUUUUUAUGGAGGAAUAACCCCAACUGCGAAUUAGAAGUCUACGAGAUGCAAGUCAUGACCUUUGGUGCGGCAUGUUCUCCGUGCGCAGCCCAGUAUAUAAAGACUGUAAACGCAAUGGGGUAUAAAGAGAAAUUUCCUCGAGCUGUAGAGGCCAUUGUAAAGCAUCAUUACGUCGACGAUUUCGUGAACAGCUUUCCGUCAGUGGAAAAAGCAAUUGCCGUAACAACUCAGGUGCGCGAAAUUCAUAAAGCAGCUGGGUUGGAUAUGUGCGCAUUCAUUUCGAAUUCGGAUAUUGUGGUUAAAUCACUGCGAAACACGGCACAGCUAGAAGAUGCAACGGCAGAGAAGGUAUUGGGAAUGUAUUGGAAACCGGAAGAUGAUACAUUCCGCUACGAGUUGAAGUUCCACCGAGUUGAUGCUGACGUAGUGAGUGGAAACAGGCCGCCAACGAAACGAGAGUUGUGCAGUUACAUCAUGUCUAUUUUCGACCCCAUGGGAUUUUUGUGUCAGUUAACUGUCGGUGCGAAAUUAUUGUUGAGAGAGGUAUGGCAGGGAGGAGUGACUUGGGAUCAGCCAUUACCGGAAGAUAUGUACGAGUGUUGGAAAGUCUGGCAGAAAGAAGUUGAGAGAACAACAACUAUUCGAAUUCCUCGAUAUUAUUUUCAAGAAGGGCCGCCGAAAGAGUUACAAUUGCAUGUAUUUGUGGAUGCAAGCGAGGAAGCAUUCUCGGCGGUAUGCUAUUGGCGAUACAAGGAUGCCAGGGAGACCUUUAGAACUGCUUUAAUCGGCACAAAGACCAAAUGCGCUCCAAUAAAAUGCAUAACAAUUCCGAGAUUAGAGUUACAAGCCACCGUUUUAGGAGUACGCCUCUCUCAAAUGAUCUUGGAGGAACAUAAACUUGUCUGCACACGCAUUCUAUGGAGCGACUCAACGACAGUAAUUAGCUGGUUAAACUCGCAGCAUCGCCGUUAUAAACCGUUCGUCGCUCAUCGUAUCGCUGAAAUUCUGGCGGUGACUCGGCCAGGGGACUGGAACUGGGUACCAACCAACGAAAAUGUAGCCGAUGAAGCCACUCGACGAAGUAAAAAUUUAAACUUCAAUUCCACAUCGCGCUGGUUAAAUGGUCCUGAGUUCCUAUCGCUGGGGACAGACAGUUGGCCAAAGGCGCCUAUAAAGGCAAAUAAUGACUUAGUAUGCAGCGAAAUCUUGCCAGCGAAAAGAGUCUUACUAGUUGACCGUAUUAGUUUUAUCGAGUUUGACAGAUUUUCUUCCUAUAAUAAGUUGAAACGAACAGUAGCAUGGAUUUUAAGGUUUGUUGGCAGGACCCGUCGAAAAUUCACCGAUCAAAAGGAGUAUGGUUUAACUGCAACUGAACUGGACGCUGCUGAAAAAAUUAUGUGUCGUCAAAUACAAGCUACUAACUUUUCAGUGGAAAUCAAACUAUUGCGGGAGGGUCAACCGCUAGCUAAGGAUAGUCUAUUAUAUACAUUGCCUCCAUUCAUCGAUAACGAUCAAAUACUACGAGUAGGUGGGCGUAUACAAGCAGCCAGCUGGCUUCCAUUUGAUAGUUUACAUCAAAUAGUUCUGCCAACGAGGCACAAAUUAACACUGUUAAUCGUGACGCAAUAUCAUAUUCGGAUGAAGCACCACUAUACUGAGGCAACAAUUGGUGAGAUCAGACAGAAAUUUUGGAUUCCACAGCUGAGGUGA